UGCAGCUCGAGAACGCUCGAGAACCUUCGACGACCACUUUUUAUUUAUAAACCGUGCAAGCUUGGCCGAUCCACUCGUCGAAUUCCUCGAAUCGUUUCUCUUCGUCACGGACGUUACUCCUCCAACUACUCCCCCGAAACGUCGUUCGUCCCUCGCGAAACUCUGGAGAAGGAAAAGGGUGUCCUUGUAAACCGAACGUUUCGCCGUUUCGUGUCACGUAGCCGUAUAACAAAGUUUUCGAGGGCCGUGGAAGCGUGGAAACAGGCGGCGCGACGCAUCGUAGUUACUCGGCGAUUUCACGAAGCCGGACAAUGGCGCGAUAUAAGCCGGAAGAAGGUGGCUCGUCGGAUGGGAUAAAGAAAGAUGGAAAGAGAGGUGGGUGGAGGUAGAGAGAGCGCGGGAGAGAGAGAGAGGCCGGCAGAUUUAUUUAAGUCCCUCGCCGUCGGGUUGACAAGAGUAGACUCGCGUAAACAUACUCGUUUCUCCUUGUUCCGCCGUGGCCGUUUGUCGAGGCUUGGCGGGGGGAACAGCGGCGGGAUCGUUUCACGAUAGUUUCUCGGCGGGUGGGGCGAAAGGCGUCGUCGCGCUCGUGGGCAAGUUCGAUUCGAAAGGACGCCCGCGCGCCAAACGCCCGGCCAAUCCCGCGCCACGUACCGUCCCACGUGACACGCCCGUAGGGUAGUGCGAGGCGGCCCGAUUGGACGGUUCCGUAAGAACCACGUCCUACGCCCAGGUGGUGGGGGUAGACGUUGCUUUCGGUUUUCCUCGCCAGAGGGGGAACUGGGACGGAGCGGAGUGGAAGGCCGCUGAAGUGGUGUGAGUGGUGGCGAGUCAGUCGCAGACUGGAGUGCCCUGUGAGAGCAGGGGACGGACCGAACGAACGAACGAACGAACUAACUCUAUAACUAAUCGCUCGUGACGCUUCGUCGUCUGUCCGAAUGUCCGUCCCAUCGCGCCGCUACAACGUUCCUCUAUUCCUGUUCUCUUUUCCCUCACGGUGACGCGAAACCCAAAAGUGUGACGUGUUUGCGCUCCGCGUUCUUCGACCCCCGAGAUUUCUCAUCGAGUGCGAAUUUUUCAACUACGAAACCGUGCGCCCAUCCACCGAACGUCCUUUUCUCGUGCCAUUGACUGGAUUCAUCUGUGUGUGAACACUAUUAUUUCGGGGACAUUCUCGAGUUUGGAUAUUCUCGAGUCUGGAUAUCGAGCUGGCACGUCCUCCCGACGACCGAGCACCACGGCAAAUACAAGAUUCGACAUGUGGUCGUCGGUCGAAUUCUUCGGUCACGACUCAAAGACACCCUGAUGGCAAUCACGAACGUUCGCGUUAUAUCGCGAUCAUUCGCUCGACUCGUUGUUAGUUUCGUGUUGUCGACAGUAGUAGUACUGACUUAGUGAGAGAGUGCAGUGCGUGCAGGUGCGAUUGUGACCCAAUUUUCCGAACAGACAUUGAGACAACGUAACGAAAAGAAAAAAAAAAAACUGUUCGUCGAAACCGGCCGAGAUGUCAGCGUACGCGCAGUUCGGAUACUCGUAUCCGUCGGCGUCCCAGCUGCUGGUGAGCGGCGGGCAGCCAACAACGGCGACGUCGCCGGCGAUGUCGUCGGGGGGCGCCCUGAGCCCUGGCGCCCUCUCACCGUCGUCCACGGCGACGACGACCGGCGCCGCGGCGGCAGCCGCCUCCGGCGGGGCGAGCACCCCUGUGGCGGGUGCCACGGGGCCCGGCUGCUGCGAGAACGGCAGGCCCAUGAUGACCGACCCAGUCACCGGCCAAUCUGUGUGCAGUUGUCAGUACGACAGCGCGGCAAGGCUCGCCUUGGGAGCGUAUCCGAGGCUAGCGCCGACCGCCACCUCCUACUCGUCGUAUCCCACGCCGACACCCUCCACCACUGACCAAGGACCCUAUCCCAGCAUUGGGAUGGACAGCUCCGCGUUCUACCCUCCUCUGGGAAAUCCGUACGGAUUGAAGGACACGACGGGAAUGGGGAUGACGGCGGAUAUGGGUGCAGCAUGGGGCACGGCCGCCCUUCAACCUGCCGCCACGGGUUACUACCCCUACGAUCCAACCCUGGCCGCCUACGGAUACGGCGCCGGAUACGAUUUGGCAGCGCGGCGGAAGAACGCGACGAGGGAGUCGACGGCCACGCUGAAGGCAUGGCUGAACGAGCACAAGAAGAAUCCUUAUCCGACCAAGGGCGAGAAGAUCAUGCUUGCGAUCAUCACGAAGAUGACACUGACGCAGGUAUCCACUUGGUUCGCGAACGCGCGGCGGCGUCUGAAAAAAGAGAACAAGAUGACCUGGGAGCCGAAAAACAAAACCGACGAUGACGAUGACGCGGUUCUCACGGACUCGGAGGACAACAAGGAGAAGGACGAUCUCGCGGGUGACAAUCAAGGCGACAGAGUCGGGGAGGAGGCGAGGAGAGGCCUCGAGGAAAAUGAGCCGAUGAGGCACGUGAAAGCGGAGCACUUGCAGCACGACAAGGACCUGGACGAGGAGGACGACCUCGAUCUCGAGGAGGAUCCCCGGCGGGGCGAGCAUCCGUUCCACCACGCGAUGCAGCACCACCACCACCACCACCAAGCGUACCCCGGCGAGGACCACCUCAAGGACGAGGGGAUCGUGAAAACGGACUGCAGCGCGGCAGGCGUGCCGAUACCCGCGACCAAGCCGAAAAUCUGGUCGCUGGCCGACACGGCCGCGUGCAAGACGCCCCCGCCCCCCACCCACCCCCAUCACCAGCAGUACCACCACCUCCACCACCACCAGCAGCACUACGGCCAGCAGCAGCAGCAGCAGCAGCAGCAGCACCAGCACCACCACAUGCCCAGCCAAGGCCACCACCAUCACUCGCAGCAGCCUUGGCUGGGCGGCGCGGGGGGCGGGGGUAACCUGAGCUCGUUCGCGCUUCCGUCCUCGGCGUCGAUGAGCCCGUCCGCAGCCGCGACAGCGCCUUACUCGAGCGCCGCCACGAGGUACGGCGGCUUCCUCUCGUCCUCGUCAGGCGGCCAACUCCACUACAACCCGAACUCGUCGUCCGGCUCGAGUUCCUCGGCGUCCUCCUCGGCGGCUGCGGGGUUUCCCGAGGUUGGUACGGACACCCCACCCCAGACACCGCCCAACAUGAAGGUGGCUACACCGAAUGGAGUGAUCCAGGCACCAACGGCCGGUUACUGCACCGGGAACGGGAACGGGAACGCGGCCAGCAACGGUAAUCCAAAUCCGUACGGGCAGAGCCAUCCGGCGGCCGCCGGCUAUCUGUCGACCAGUUCCGGCUCGGCAAGCAGCGGCUCCUCGUUCAGCUCGAGGCUGCAGGCGUCCCCGCACAAGGACUACUCGCCCGCGGGCCAGAAUUCUAUUCUGCACCAGCACCAGACCACUGCCAGCUUACCGCCCACGGAGGCCACCACCGCGUUCAAACCGUUCUACAAGGGCUCGCAGUCCAUGGGUAGCGGAUUCGUGUCGCCGGUCUAAGCAACUCGAUGGAUCGAUUCUGGAUCAACGGUCGGAUUCCUCCAGGAUUUAAGAAAAGGGCGCAAGGACUGUAAAUACGCUCCGCAGAGAGAGAGAGAGAGAGGGGGGGAUUCUUCAGGAUUUACUAUCGCGAUUUCUGCACCAGAAGGAGAGAGAGGAAAAAGUAACUAGGAAAAAGAAUUAGCGAGGGUGCAAGGAAAAAAAAAAUAUAUAUAUAUAAAUAUACACUCUAAGAGGAGAAAGAAAUGGAAGCCGGUAGUAUCGUCCUUGAGAUACAUAAAUCGUGACGUGAGGGCACGGAAAGACGAAUGGGGAAUGCGAGUGGACGCGCAUGCGCGCCAGAGUUGGCUCAGAGGAGAUUUAGGAAUUAAGGGAAUUACGUCGAAGCUGCUUACGCACGAGUACGUAGAGGAAGAAGAUUCCACGAGAGAGAGAGAGAAAGAUAAAUCUCGAGGAAGAGAAGAAUCGCCUAUAAUUUUUCGAACGAAAGAGACUGGUCGAGCAAUUUCGAAAAGAUCGUCCAUGUUUAAUCCUGGAGAGAGAGAGGGGAGGGUUUCCUUAGUCAACCAAUCCUUCGAUUCGUCGUCCCUGUAAAUAACGAGCUCACGUGAGACAUCUUGCGGAUGAUUCGAGACCUAAAAGGGAUCGGUAAGAAACCGUAAUAAUGCAACGUAGGUCGUUUUGUACAUAUAUUAUAUAAAUUUCUUCGAAUGGAUGGAGGAACGAGAGAUUUUAUGCAGAAUUAUUUUCUCGCCCCGUUCCAUCCGUAAUCUGUUCGGUCUCGCGGAUCUUGCCGAUAUCCACCAGCCAAGACCCGCAAAAUCAUACGGGCAACGUGCAAAAUAACAGCCAUUUUCAGCUCUGAAUCGCGAACGAGCGAGCCCUGAUGCGAUCGUGGAUGACAGUUCCAUUACGCGGUAUUUAUUCGUUAUAAGGGUAAGAAUUCUUUUUCGAAUAAUCCUGUUGAAGUAAAUAUUUUCCUUUAAAUAUUUAAACGUUUUCGAUUCCUCCUUUCUUUUUUUUUAUUGGCGAAGAUAAAACGAAAAUAGAAUUUCAAGCUUCUACCUCUUUUCGUGUUAUUAGGAAACGGUUCUUUUUAUUAUUCCUUUAAAAAUUGUAUUUCUCACUAAAAAAGGAAAAAACAGAAACACGGUUAUGUAUAUACGCGUUUAUUACUAGUGGCGCCCUCUUUAGCAUCACGGAUAUAUACGAUAUCUGUUAUUAAUACACUCGUGAGAAAAAUCUUUAUUCGAUUUUCAAAAAUCAAUGGAGACAGUGUCGGAUAGCGUUUAAGUGGACGUUUCUGUGCUCUUUUAUAACGAAUACAUACAGUGUUGGACAAAGUAGCUCUCGAUAUGUUUCGGCCAACUCGCGUGUCCGGGUCCUUUUGUCCUAUCGAGGAUUGGUCACAGCGUCUUGGAGGAGGGGGGAGAAGGAAGGAAGGAGAAGAAGGCGGAUCGCACAGGCGCUACUCUAACCUCAACUUACCAGAGUAACUCUUCGAUUGAAAUUAUUCUCGUGUAUUCUGCUGUUUGAAAAAAUAAAUGAUGGUGGCUAUAGCUGGGCCUGAGUGAGAAACGGAUCUUUGGAAAAUUUGUCAAGUCCACUGUAUAAAAAAAAAAAACUGAUUCAAAAUUAUGAUUGCAAUAUAUAUAUAUAUAUAUAGAUGGAAAUAUAUGGAGUGACGAACCACCGAGUGAAACCACGAGAGUGAUCAAUUUUCCUUCCUCCCGCUGUUACUCCGUUCCAUACGCUAUUCGAAGCUCUGUAAUCUUUUUCUCCGUUUCUGGAAAUACCGCUCGAGUUUCGUCUCUCGAACCGUGUAUAACCGACCGAUGUUCGUCACUCCUUGGACGUUUCAUCCACCGUGGAUGAUUGUUAUAUAUGGUGCAGCGAAGAGAAAUGGUUAAUUAAUAAUAAACUAAUUAAGUGUAAAAAGAAAAGAAAAAAAAAAAAAAUUCGUCCUUUUUCCGCGACGGGCAUCGUGCACACUCCCAAUAUGGACUUCCGGCGGUCUCCUGCAACACGCGCAUGCGCCACGAGACCUCGACGAUAACAACGUGUUCCGCUUUAAUUAGCAUCGUGUUUCAUUUUUUUUUCAACCCAACUCUGUGCAAUAUAUAUCUUUUUUUUUUUUUUUUUUCAAUUUUUUUUUUUAUAGGUCAUGCGCUCGUCGAUUGUUCACGUUUCUCGUGACCACGUGGAAAAUUGAACGUUUCUUCGAUCUAUCGCGAAAAUACGUGUGUGUAACGUGUACGUGUGUGUGUGUGUGAAUAAGUCGCGUGUAUUUGUACGUGCAACAAUUUUAAUCUCUUUGUCCUUGGAUCCCUUUGAUUGGAUUAAAUUUCCUGGUUUUUGACGAUAGGAAAUAUUUGGUGCCCGAAGAUUAAAUGGAAAUUUUUCAAAAGGGUGGAGGGGAAAAAAAACCUUUUGACCCCGCGGUUUCAGAGAGAAACGAAGGUGCACGGUGCUCGAGAUUGUUAAUAUUUUUUUAUAUCGUACGUGUAUAUCGUAUAUAAAUCGUGUCCCUCCUUUCGAUAUUAUUAUCAUUAUUAUUAUUAUUAUUAUUAUUACUAUUAUUAUUGGUAUGGUAGAAUUGUUUCUCAAUUUCUUUUCGAACGAGCCAGAAUGUGGAGUAUUGAAGGAAAGGAAUUUUAUUAUAGGAAGAGGAGAGAAAAGAAAAAGAACUAAUUGUAGAAAUCAUUUUGUACUUGACAUGUGUAAGUGAGUGUGCGAGCGAGCGAGCGAGAGAGAGAGAGAGAGAGAGAGAGAGAGAGAGAGAGAGAGAGAGAAAGGAAGAAUUGAAGGAGAUACGAGAGAGGAGCAGCGCGAUAGAAGAAAUUGUACAUUGUUUUGUAAAGAGUACAUUUAUUUAUAUCUGUGAUAAUGGGCAAGGUUAAGUAGAAAAGGGAAGAGAGAAACGUGGUUGAGAGAAUGCGAGAAAGAGAGGAAGAAUGGAGAAUAAUAUACAUAUAUAUGGACGAAAAAAAAAAUAUAUAUAUAUAUAUACAAAAACGGAGGCGAGGAGGAAACACUUCUUUAUUGGUAUUGAUAUAAUACUAGGGACGAAGAUGGUCGGUGCUCGUGCAUUCGUUGACACGUAUGUAAUAAAUAAUAUCGUAAUAGACUAAUUAAAUAAUAGAGACUCAAUCAUCGAUGAUUUCUUUUUUUUUUUUGUAAAUAAUCAGCGUAGCCCAGGGGGAUUAUCGUCGAUUCGAGGGUCGAGUGUGUGGAAUCGAUGUGCGAGGAGAUAUAAAAAUGAAAAAAAAAAAAAAAAAAAAGAAAAAAAAAGAAAAAA